GAAGAAGAGGAGGUUUUUGCCUGGAAUAACGAAGUAAAACAAGGUCUUUCCAGCAGUAUCUUUACCAAGGAUUUGGGAAGGAUUUUCCGCUGGCUUGGGCCAAAGGGGUCUGACUGUGGCAUUGUGAAUGUCAACAUCCCAACCAGUGGGGCUGAGAUUGGAGGUGCUUUUGGUGGUGAAAAGCACACUGGCGGGGGAAGAGAAUCUGGAAGUGAUUCGUGGAAACUUUAUAUGAGACGGUCUACUUGUACAAUCAACUACAGCAAGGAUUUGCCUUUGGCUCAAGGAAUCAAGUUUCAGUAACAGCCUUAUGAGUGGCUGUGCCACGAAGUCUCUCAGCAUUUCAGAACCAAGCACCUUCUAAGCCUGAUGGUGAAGAAAAUCAAUUAUCUGAAACGUACCUGCAGCAAAGAUACUAAUUCUGUCAAAAAAUCAGCUACUCUAAAAUUGCUUUACUUUCAGCGUAUGAAGUUACUACUUCAGUCUUCGAAUGAGAAAUAUGUGGUCUUUGGGAAAAAGGG